AUGCCAGAAUCUGUCACGAAUCCAAAACCUCCAAGUCAGGAGAAGCAUCUUCCCAAUCCAAAUGAUCAAUCACAGGCAAAGCCUGCUACUUAUCAAAAGCCAAAACCUCCCACUAAUCCACAGCCGAAGCCUCCUACUAAUCAAAAGCCAAAGCCUCCUACCAAUUCAAAGUCGAAUCCUCCUACGAAGCCUAUUCUCCCUAAAAGUGUGUCAACAGCAACAUCCAACUCCACACUAAAAUCCACCUUGAAGAAGAAAAAGACAACAACCACCCCUAAUUUUAGGCCUUGUACGAGGAGUGUUGCUAAGGGAAAGGCGGUGUUGAAAGCACGACAGGAGGGAGGUGAUGCACUAUCGUCUGAUUCAUAUGAUAGUGACGAAGAUAGUUUGUAUGAGCCAAGGAUCGAAGAUAGUUCUUCGUCUGAUGAUGAUGAUUAUGAUAAUGAUGUUUGUAAGGCUAAGACUAUUAAGGAAGACAUCAAAUUUAAACAUUCUCCUGCUGCUGCGUUUGCUAAGGAUAAAGAGCAAGUUAUGAGUGAGGAUGAUGCAUUUGUUGAGGAGGUCUCAGAUGGGGAUGUGGACCUAGGCUUUGUGGGUGGAACAGGGGAUGAUGCAUAUAAUGCAUAUGAUCCAGGGGCUGACUCAGACGGGGCAAAUUCAUAG